AGAGAAUUAAUAAUUCAGGAGAGACUCUGAAACGCAAAACCGCCGAGGGGUCCGCGGCCCGCCCGCCCAGGGAUGUGACCGAAGCGUCCGGCCCGCCCGCGGACACGGCUCUCUCCGAUGCCGGUCCCCCACAGGCCCGUCGGCCUCGGUCGCUCCCAGAGCUGGGAUGCUGCCGGCUGGUACGAGGGCGCCCCGGACUACGCCAGACCCUCGCCCAGCAGAAGGAGCUCUCUGAGCGCCGGCGGCGAGCCGGGGUGGUACGAGGGGCCCGAGAUCGUGAUGCAGGGCGGGCCCGAGAGACCGGAUCCCUUCCUGUACCAGGAAGUGGCCUUCGGGGCCGGCCCCCUGAGGAAGAACUCGGCCCCCGAGUUUGUCUACUACGACAGCAGGCAGCUCGCGCUGUCCGGGCGGAGCUCCCAGGAGUUCUACGGCGACCCCCCCUCGGCGGCGGGCAGGGCCCCCAGAGAGCCGCCCUACUUCAGGGACCAAAUGGUCGGCAGGCCGGCGCCGAAUUACGGGAUGCCCGCAAACCGGCUGGCGUGGGACCAGGCCCCGGCCCGCUCGGAAGCCGCUCGCCUUUACCGAGAGCCCGAGGGGAAGAUGAUCCCCGAGGGCCCCAGGGCGCGCAGCCGGGAGCCGGGCCCCGGCAGGUACGGGCCCGAGCCUCCCCCUCUGAGGUACGGGGCAGAGGCGCCCCUCUAUCCCAGCCGGCACCUCCUGAAUGACGUGGGCACCAGGCCCCCGGAGCCCCCGCCCAUCGCCAGGCAGACCGCGCCCACGUGCCUGGUGGUGGACCCCGUGGUGGCCGAGGGGGGCCCCGGGAGCCGGGGCUACGGCGAAGCCCUCGGGACCAAGGGGGCGUACGAGCCCUACGAGCCCCUCGCGGCCCCCUCCCAGGCCCCGACCUCGGACGGCAAGAGGGCCGUGGACCCCGAGUUCGUGGCCCUGCUGCGGAUGGAGGGCGUGUCGGAGGGCACCGUGGGGGCCUUGCUGCAGCAGGGCUUCGACUGCCCCGGCGUGCUGGCUGUGAUGGAGGAGAACGACAUCCGGGCCGUGGCCCCCAACCUGGGCCAGGCGCGCCUCCUCUCCCGGCUGGCCGGUCACUUCCGGGCCGAGCUGCAGCUGCACCGGCCGGACCACAAGGGGCCCCCCCCGCGCCCCAGGCUCCGCUCCAACAGCUUCAGCCACCGGGGCGACCUCCUGGCCAACGACUACGCGGGCGGCCCCGCCCGGCCCCCGUCCGCCUUCCCGCCGCAGGCGGCCUCGCCCCGGGCCGAGGCGAGCCGCAGACCCGCCAGCGCGCCGUCCCAGCACCUCCUGGAGACCGCCACCUACUCGGCCGCCGGCGCGGGCCAGCCGAACCCCGGGUAUCACUCUCCUGUGCCAUGCCCGCUCAACGCCCGCCUGGGGCCCCCCUGCUCCCCCCAGGCCGGGCUAGCCAUGACCACCUCGGUCCAGAACAGCCUCCACCCCAGCCCCAAGACCGCCUACUCUACCGCCUACACAGUGCCCAUGGAGCUGAUGAAACGGGACCGCGCCGCCGCCCCCCUGCCCAGCCCCCGCGGCAGCCCCCAGCUCCUGAGGAAGCCGGGCACCCCCGCGGACGCCGCCCUGCCGCCCGCGGGCAGCCAGAGCCUCCACACGCCCCACUCUCCGUAUCAGAAGGUGGCCCGGCGCACCGGAGCCCCCAUCAUCGUCUCCACCAUGAUCCCGUCUGAGCAAAGCAUCCGCCCCCAAAUCAUGAACGGCCCCCUGCACCCCCGGCCCCUGGUGGCGCUGCUGGACGGGCGGGACUGCACCGUGGAGAUGCCCAUCCUGAAGGACCUGGCCACCGUGGCCUUCUGUGACGCACAAUCCACGCAGGAGAUCCACGAGAAGGUGCUGAACGAAGCCGUGGGAGCCAUGAUGUACCACACCAUCACCCUCACCCGCGAGGACCUGGAGAAGUUCAAGGCGCUGCGCGUCAUCGUGCGCAUCGGCAGCGGCUACGACAACGUGGACAUCAAGGCGGCCGGGGAGCUCGGAAUCGCCGUCUGUAACAUCCCCUCAGCGGCCGUGGAGGAGACGGCCGACUCCACCAUCUGCCACAUCCUCAACCUCUACCGGCGGAACACGUGGCUGUACCAGGCGCUGCGGGAGGGCACGCGGGUGCAGAGCGUGGAGCAGAUCCGCGAGGUGGCCUCGGGGGCGGCGCGCAUCCGCGGAGAGACGCUCGGCCUCAUCGGCUUUGGUCGCACCGGGCAGGCCGUCGCCGUCCGCGCCAAGGCCUUUGGCUUCAGUGUCAUAUUCUACGACCCCUACUUGCAGGACGGCAUCGAGCGCUCGCUGGGCGUGCAGCGGAUCUACACCCUGCAGGACCUGCUCUACCAGAGCGACUGCGUGUCCCUGCACUGCAACCUCAACGAGCACAACCACCACCUCAUCAACGACUUCACCAUCAAGCAGAUGAGACAAGGCGCCUUCCUGGUGAACGCGGCCCGCGGGGGGCUGGUGGACGAGAAGGCCUUGGCCCAGGCCCUCAAAGAGGGAAGGAUACGAGGGGCCGCACUGGACGUGCACGAAUCGGAACCUUUUAGUUUUGCUCAGGGCCCACUGAAAGACGCCCCCAAUCUCAUCUGCACGCCGCACACGGCCUGGUACAGCGAGCAGGCGUCUCUGGAGAUGAGGGAGGCAGCCGCGACCGAAAUUCGCCGGGCAAUCACAGGCCGCAUCCCCGACAGCCUCAGAAACUGCGUGAAUAAGGAGUUCUUUGUGACCUCGGCCCCAUGGUCUGUGAUAGACCAACAGGCAAUCCAUCCGGAGCUCAAUGGCGCCACCUACAGAUACCCACCUGGCAUAGUCAGUGUAACGCCCGGAGGAAUCCCUGCAGCUAUGGAAGGCAUUAUUCCAGGAGGUAUUCCGGUUACUCAUAAUCUUCCAACGGUGGCACAUCCUUCCCAAGCUCCCUCUCCUAACCAGCCCACAAAACACGGGGACAAUAGAGAGCACCCCAAUGAGCAAUAGCAGAUAAUUUAACGAGAAUAAUCAUUUACAUAAACUUGGGACCAAGGAACAGUAAACAAUAAACAGGAACUUCGAGAAAAGGAAUGGGAUGCGGAAUUCACCACGUGGAUUCUGGACUGACGCAUCGCUGACGCUGCAGUGUUAAACGAGGAGAUCCAAAGGCGAGACGGGGAGAACCAGCCGGAAGUCAUCGUGUCUGCGUGCGAGUGCUGGCAAGCUUGGAUGUGAUAACAUUAACAACCAACUUCUGUUAUUGUGUGUUAAGUUUUUUUCAUCUGUGCACCAAUCACAAGAAUAAAUAGGUCUUUUUCCUUUCUCAAUCCCCUGGGAAUAGCAGGUCCUGAACAUCUGCUUUAGAAUGUUGCAUCAAAUGUUCCAACCAUCAGAAUAUGAAAUUGCAGAGAGGAAACCUAAUCAUGGGACUACAGCCUCUUCUGUCCACAUGUGGCUGGUUACCUCUUUGCCUAGGAGGAUAAACUAUCACAAAGAUGAGGAGAAAAUUGUUUUCCUGUGUUAAGACACUACAAAGCAUAAGAUACCUGAAGAUAGUCAAGUUUCCUGUGUACAGUGAAACCUAGUUCUCCCUCAUCUGAACUCUAUACACACACCCUGAGCGGUUGGCUUUAAGCUCAGUAAAACCCUCUUAAUGAUGCAAAAAAGAAAAAAAAAAAAAAAAAGAAAAAGAAAAAGAAAAAGAAAAAAAAGUAUUAAAUUUCACAAGCUGUUUGUACUCAAAUAUAUUUUCUCAGUUUCAGAUCCUCAGCUAUUUUAUUGAGUGGAAAGUCUUGAGCUGAAAGAGCUCAAGAAGAAUAAUGUUGCAUUUCCUUAUGUCUCAGGAAACACUUUUUAUGGUAAUUUGUCAGAUUGUCUAUGAACAAAACCCACUUUUUUAGACAUUGAUAAAAGUCUUCUUUUCUUCACGUGAUAUUUUAUACAAGAACACUUCAAAUGUGUUAUUAGGUGUGACUGAUUUUAACAAAUCCUAUUAGAUUUGUAUCAACUAGUUACAUGUUAUAUUCAUAGUCUUUUGUGAAUCAUCGCCUUUUUGUUUUAAAAAGAUGGCCUGUUUUGAGCCUUUGUAUAGGUACAUUCCUGUUUCUGUGACAAAAAGAAAUCUUGAAAACUGUCCCAAACAGAAAACCAAGAAUGGCUAUCAGCAAGCAGUAUGUUUUGUUUUAGUGUGUUACCCGUUCUUGUAUUUGUUUAUUGUAAAGGUGGACAUUUAGCGUUCAGUGCAGUUUUCAAUAAAAAGUGAUCAAAACUUC